AUGAUGAUCAUAUACGGCAUCAUCAUAGUUGCCGUAGCAGCCAUGUGUAUAGCAGUGACCUUGAGCGAAAUGUCCUCGGCUUACCCUAAUGCUUCAGGUCAAAUAUAUUGGACAAUGAAGUUGGCUCCACGCAAGUAUUCUCGUUUGAUGGCAUACACCACUGGGAUCUUAUCGUGGUUAGGAUCAGUUUUCACUUCAGCUAGUGUCACCAUGACUAUUGCCACUGCGAUUCCGGGGAUGUAUGUCUUGUUUCAUCCAGAAACAACAAUAAAACUGUGGCACGUUUUCAUUGUGUAUGAGGCUGUGAAUGUGCUCUUGUUAUUCUUUAACAUUUACGAGCGCCCAUUACCUGCAUUGAGUACGGGAACGUUGUAUACUUCAUUGGCAUCAUUUGCAAUUAUAAUCAUCACCGUGUUGUCGAUGCACAAGGGAGAUUUUGCUAGUGCUGAGUUUGUUUUUGUUGAAUUCAACAAUGGUACUGGAUGGAGUUCAGCCGGUAUAGCAUUCAUAGUGGGGCUCAUUAACCCCAAUUGGAGUUUUUCAUGUCUCGAUGCCGCGACUCACAUUGCUGAGGAGUCGUUGAACCCAGCAGUGCAAGUUCCACAAGCUAUAAUCGGCACCGUUAUCGUUGGAUUCAUCACGGCUUUUACUUAUUGUAUAGCCAUCUUUUUUUGCAUUAGGAAUUUGGACGAUAUCUUGGCAUCAAACACUGGUGUUCCCAUCAUGGAUAUCUUUUAUCAAGCUACCGAAUCCAAAGCUGCUGCGUUGGGAUUGGAAAUUUUAAUUUUACUUACUGCAUUUGGCUGCAACAUUGGUUGUCACACAUGGUCAGCGAGAAUCUGUUGGAGUUUUGCUAGAGAUAAUGGAUUACCGUUGUCGAAAUAUUGGGCCAAAGUCAAUACGAAGACUGGUACCGUUGUUAAUGCCCAUAUCAUGUCGUGUUUUUGGGUGGGUGUUAUUGGAUGUAUCUAUUUAGGUUCAUCAACUGCAUUCAAUUCAAUCCUUGUUUCAUGCGUUACGUCUCUUUUGUUAUCAUACAUGAUCCCGACAUUGUGUCUAAUUUUCCAAAGAAAUGAAAUUAAACACGGUCCAUUUUGGUUAAACAAGUAUGGUAUUGGGUUAAUCAGUAAUUUGGUUCUUGUGGGCUGGGCCAUCUUUGCCACUGUUUUUUACAACUUCCCAUCAGUUAUGCCUGUUACUAGUGGUAAUAUGAAUUAUUCAUCAGCAGUGUUUGGUGUUGUGUUUGUUAUUUGUUUCUUUGAUUGGAUGAUUAGAGGUAGGAAAGAGUAUAUUGAUAUUGAGGAAAGAGAACAACACAAGGAGGAUUUGGCUCAUCAAUUAUCAAAUCAAGUUUCAAAUAUCGAGGUGAUGAUGUCGCAUCAGUAUGAAAAGUCAUGA